AUGUGCUGCGAGGUUAAAGUGGAUUUAGAGUGUCUGGAAUUGAGAGAAAAUACGCACCUUCUGUGUGGCGGCAAUAGCUGCAGACAAGCGGCAGCACGACUCCAGGGAGCAGCAGCUCCAGCAGCUCCAGCAGCGGCUGCCCCUCCUAGUGUUGCUGCUGCUGCUCCUGCAGCAGCAGCAGCAGCGAGCAGCCAACAGGCAGUCCUUACACUGCGGCGGCGCGGGCGUCGCGCCGUGGAGGGCUGGCCUUCAAAGACGGAGUUGGAUUGCGAGUCAGAGGCAGCAACAGCAGCAGCAGCAACGGCAGCAGCAGCAACAGCAGCAGCAGCAAAGAUAGAAGCAAGAACGUCCGCAAUGGCUUCCCUAUUGCUGAAUGUGCCCAUCACAUCUGACCGAUCCCAGCAGCAGCAGCAGCAGCAGCAGGGUGCUAGAGGGGCCAGGAGUCCCUUUUGUGGGGUUUUGCAGCAGGGCCCGGGUUCCGGGGUGUACGUACAGCCCGGAAGCGCAGCAGUGGAAACAGCAGCAGCACCAGUGCUGCUGCAGGAGCUGCAGCGGCUGAGGGGAAGUCAGUGGCUCGAUGAUGCUGUUAUAAAUGCUUUUUUGAAGCAGCAGCAGCUUCUGAAUGCAAACAGACACAAACAGAGCCCCACAAGCGUGCCGAGCGUUUGCAUCCUCAACACUUUCUUCUUCGCGAUGCUUCAGAGUGGGCUGGCAGAUGUCGCGAGAGUCCAGAGGUGGACUCGUGGAACAGACAUUUUCUCCUUUCGCUUUUUGUUGGUGCCGCUGCACCUGCACACAGUACACUGGGCCCUGGGAGUUGCUGAUUUGGCGCGGGGCCUGACGUUUGUUUUCGACGCACUGCCUCAGCAGUUUAAACCUUUUCAUGAAGUUAUUAAACUUUUUCUUACGGAGUGCUGGGAAGCCAAGAGGCCAGCUGUGCCUUCACCCGAAUGGCAGGCGGCACUGCCUUGCGAGUUUUCUUAUGAAGUUCCUAGAGAAGAGAAGCGCAGCUUUCAGCAGCAGCAGCAGCAGCAGCAGCAGCAGCAAGCGGCAAGGGACGAACGUGGGGGACGGUCACCCCACACUUAUGUAAAAUCAAGUGGUUUGCCGCAGCUGCGGGCUCAUGACGCCCAUGCAAGCAGCAGCAGCAACAGCAACACCAUCAGUUGCUGCAGCAGCAGCAGCAACAGCAGCGGGCGCUGUGGCAGCUUCUGGGUUCCCCCGCAGAAGGGGUCAGACGACUGCGGUGUCUUCUUGUGCCUUUUUGUGGCUGCCAUUUGCAAUGGAAGGCCUUUUUGCUUCUCGCAGCAAGACAUUGCUGCCUGCAGACUGAGACUGAAGCAGCGGCUGCUGCAGCAGCUGCUGCAGCAGCUGCAGCAGCUGCUGCAGCAGCAGCAGCAGCUGCUGCAGCAGCAGCAGCAGAUGCAGCAGCAGCAGCCGCAACCGCAGUGGGUGCCGCUUCCGAAAGCAGAGCGCAGCAGCCUGUAG